CUUCUCGCCCCAGGGGACGGGAGGUGGCCCAUCGCCGUCGCCGCUUGGCCGUCUGGCUGCGCGCCUCCAGUUACGUACCUAAUUCCCGCUGCUCUCCAUCUCUCUUUUGCCCUGGGUCAUAUUCUCUCCAGUCACACUCCCCUCGACGCUUCUGUCCUGCCUGACUCUUCCCCCUCUUCAUCUCUCCCAUCCUCCUCCUCCUCCUCCCCUCGACCUCCUUCUGGUGCUUGCUCCCAAUUGAGCUUCCCCAGCAUCUCCAAUGGCUUCCUCCGCCCGAGCCAUGUCCGCCCUCUCCCGGGCCGGCCUCCUGGCCCAACCCAGUCGCAUUGCGACUCGCGCCCUCACCACCGCCUCCAAGGCCUCUGGCCGACCCUCAGUCGCCAUGAAGCUUCAGCACACGGGCCGCAUCGCCUUCCGAAGAGCCUACGCCGACGAGGCCCCCAAGUCCAAGCCCAAGCCCAAGGCCGGCAAGCUGCGCUCGACCCUGCGAUGGACCUGGAGAUUCACCUACCUCUCCCUGCUCGCCACUGUCGGAUACACCUGCUAUCAGAUCUGGGACGACCGUCAUCCUGAGGAGCAGUUCCAGUCCGAUCCCUCUAAGAAGACCCUCGUGGUUCUGGGAACUGGCUGGGGCUCCGUUGGUCUCCUCAAGAACCUCGACACCGAAAACUACAACGUUGUUGUUAUCUCACCCCGCAACUACUUCCUCUUCACUCCCCUCCUUCCCUCAUGCACCACUGGCCUGAUUGAACACCGCUCCAUCAUGGAGCCCGUCCGCACCAUCCUCCGACACAAGAAGGCCGCUGCCAAGUACUACGAGGCCGAGGCCUCUUCAGUCGACCCCGAACGCAAGGUCGUCAAGAUUGUCGACAACCGCGACGGCAACCCCAAGGGCGCUGAGACUGAGAUCCCCUAUGACAUGCUCGUUAUUGGUGUCGGCGCUGAGAACGCCACCUUUGGUAUCCCCGGUGUCCGCGAGAACAGCUGCUUCCUCAAGGAGAUUGGUGAUGCUCAGCUGAUCCGCAAGAAGAUCAUGGACUGCGUCGAGCGUGCCUCUUUCAAGGGCCAGACCCAGGAGGAGAUUGACCGUCUCAUGCACAUGGUCGUCGUUGGUGGCGGUCCCACCGGUGUCGAGUUCGCCGGCGAGCUUCGUGACUUCUUCGAGGAGGACAUUAAGAAGUUGAUCCCCGAGAUCAGCCACCGCUUCAAGGUCACUCUCAUCGAGGCCCUUCCCAACGUUCUCCCCUCCUUCUCCAAGCAGCUGAUUGAGUACACCGAGAACACCAUGCGUGAGGAGAACAUUGACAUCAAGCUCAAGACCAUGGUCAAGCGUGUCACCGAGGAGACUGUCCAGGCUGAGGUCUCGCGCCCUGACGGCACCAAGGAAGUCCUCACGAUUCCCUACGGUCUGCUCGUCUGGGCCACUGGCAAUGCUGUCCGCCCCGUAGUCCGAGACCUCCUGAGCAAGAUCCCCGCUCAGAAGAAUUCCCGACGUGGCCUCGCCGUCAACGAGUACCUCGUUGUUCAGGGCACCAGUGACAUCUGGGCCGUUGGUGACUGCGCCGUCGCCGGCUACGCUCCCACUGCCCAGGUCGCCUCACAGGAGGGCACCUUCUUGGCCCGCCUGUUCAACAACAUGGCCAAGACUGAGACUCACGAGGCGCGCAUCCACGAGCUUAGCGGCAACUUGAACCUCCAGCAGGGCAACGCGGCCGAGGUCGCCCAGGAGAUUGAGUCGCUCGAGAAGAAGCUGCGAAGGAUCAAGGAUGUCAAGCCCUUCAAGUACUCUCACCAGGGCAGCUUAGCGUACAUUGGUAGCGAGAAGGCCGUCGCUGACGUCCCGUGGUUCAACGGUAACUUCGCCUCCGGUGGCAGCCUGACCUUCUUGUUCUGGCGCAGUGCCUACCUCUCCAUGUGCUUCAGCACCCGAAACCGCAUUCUUGUCCUCCUCGACUGGCUGAAGUCCAAGGCCUUCGGUCGUGAUGUUUCUCGAGAGUAAACCCUCAACCCGACUCAAACUUCAUAAAGGAGAGGUCCGAUACCUCUAUUGGGCUGUGGUAGCCAACGUGGGCUUACGCCCGGUGGCUUGUACAGCUUACAACUAUCUGUUCUUGGGAGGGGUGUUUACUUGGAGCAUUUUACAAGGGCUGUGAACCUGGCUGGCUGGACUAAUAGACGUCCGAUUAGAAUCGGGCUUGGGCUGGGAGUGCUUCGUGUUUUGUAACCCUGGUUUGAUUUCUUUAUCCUGCGAUUGUUGUUUUUUCCCUGGGCCCUAGAGGGGGAGGAAGGUCUGGAGACCCUUGUACGACUGGAGAGCAAAAAGAGAGUAGAAGAGAGGGGGGGGGGGAGAUAGAUAGACAAGACCUAUGACCAACAAUCAUGUGGAUGAUGCCAUGAUGUUAAA